AACCGAACACCUGCCUCGCACUCCCAACUAGAACUCAGCCCGAGACGCGCACUGCCUUUCUCCGCGUUCUGAUAGGUGGGCGGGGCUGGGCCACGCGCGACUGUCCCCGCGGCUGGAGCGCGGAGGCGGGCAGAGAGAAGGUAAGAAGGCGAGGAGCCGCCUGAGUCGGCGCAGCUCAGAGCUGACCCUUCCCCACCCCGCGGUCCCCCAUGGGCACUACGGCGCACGCUCCGGUGGCGCCGCGCUCCGGCCGGACCGGAAGCCCCGCCCACGUAUCGCGAGAGCGCAACCGUGGAGUCUCGCGAGGACAGCUUCGGGAGUCCCAACAGAAGCUGCGGAGCGCGGGUCUUCCUCCAGAACUGACUGGGCGUUUCCGUUGCAGUGGUCUCGCCGCAGGAGCUGUAUAUUGAAGACAAUGUCUGGAAGCUUCUACUUUGUCAUUGUGGGUCACCACGAUAAUCCAGUCUUUGAAAUGGAGUUUUUGCCAGCUGGAAAAGCAGAAUCCAAAGACGACCAUCGCCACCUGAACCAGUUCAUAGCGCACGCUGCUCUUGACCUUGUGGAUGAGAACAUGUGGCUGUCGAACAACAUGUACUUGAAAACGGUGGACAAGUUCAAUGAGUGGUUUGUUUCAGCAUUCGUCACUGCAGGUCAUAUGAGAUUCAUUAUGCUGCAUGACGUAAGGCAAGAAGAUGGAAUAAAGAACUUCUUUACUGAUGUCUAUGAUUUAUACAUAAAGUUUGCAAUGAAUCCGUUUUAUGAACCCAAUUCUCCUAUUCGAUCAAGCGCAUUUGACAGAAAGGUUCAGUUUCUUGGGAAGAAACACCUUUUAAGCUGAAUGCAGAAAAUUCAGAAAUAAACAAUGUCACUGCAAUCGGGUGUACUCAGGAAUGUGUACAUUGUAAGUAACUUGAUUAAACAGCCAGAAAAGUUUUACUUGUAGCCUCCAUUUAUCUUAAUGAAAUUGCUUUUAUAUUUAAAAACAGUAUGUUCAAUUUCUUACCAUUAUCAACAGAUUGAUACUUGCUUGUGAGUGGUGUUAUUUACAAAAAGCUCUUUGUCAAUAAUCUUGAAAUAUUUUUAAAACCUGAGAAUAAGCUUUUGACUUUCUUUGCUCCUAUAGCUUGAUCUUGAUGUAAUAACCCAGAACCAAAUGUCACCGUCAAGCUUUGGUAGGCAGAUUUAAAACUGAAAGCUUCUGCAGUGGGGAGUGAAGCACGCACAUGGGCUUAUCAGUACAUGCAGAGAUGCUCUGAAAAUGCACAGGCAGCGUAAACAGCACUGCCCUAGAAGCUGAAGCAAAGAGCCUGCGCAGCACCGAAGGCGUUGCGCCUGCCCCUGUCGGAGGCUAGGGACAGUCAUCCUGCCGCUCUAGAAUCCUGGGUCCAUGUCUGUAAAACAGGAGGCUCGGACCAAAGUAGCAAGCUCUGUUCUUAUGUUUCCCUCCCCUCAGACAGCUAACUAAAGACUAAGUGGGCCUGCUGACAGCUGUACCAGUAAAGAGCUGUGGGCAGGGCUGGAAUUGUAAAGCAGGAAAAGCUUGCGUUACAGUCACAUCUGCACUCUCGGCCCUUUAGGCUGUAUACAAGGGGGCGGGAGGGGCCUCUUGUGCUGAAACAACGUGGCGUCCCCCUGUAAACGAGUAAGUGUCCAUUGACAAGCAGGUAAUAUCACCAGGUAUUUUCUGUGCUAAUUGUGGGCACUGAAGAAUUUUGUUAAUUCUGAACAACCUGAGCAAGGAAUUCUAAGUGUGGUCUUGUAUCCUCAUGUGAAGUUGCUACCAUAAUUUUUUGCCCUAUUUAUUUGAUUUCCUAAAUAAAGAUGUCUGUCCAAGAUU